GCCCUGCCUGGAACAGACCAGCACAAGUGAGGGCAUCGAGGCCACCCAGCGCCCUGGUACAGCGGCGGCAGCCCCCCGAGACAGAGCCCCUGCGACUGGUGCCUUCCAUGGCUCGCCUCCCUGCCGGGAUCCGCUUCCUGGUGUCUUUCUCGAGGGAUCAGCGGUACAGAGCCUUCAUCUUCGGCCUCACCUUCCUGCUCUACGCCAGUUUCCACCUCUCCAGGAAGCCCAUCAGCAUAGUCAAGGGGGAGCUGCACAAGACCUGUCCAGUCCUGAAUGGGGAGUCAUCCAAGGAACGGAAGCCUGGUGGCACCGGUGGGCUCCCCCAUAAUGAGAGCCACUGUGGCUGGGCCCCGUUCGACCGGGACAACUACCCACGGCUGCUGGGUGCCCUGGACUACGCCUUCCUCUGCGCCUACGCCCUGGGCAUGUAUCUGAGCGGCAUCAUCGGGGAGAGGCUGUCCAUUCGCUACUUCCUGACCGCCGGCAUGCUGGCCAGCGGUGCCUUCACCGCCCUCUUCGGCCUCGGCUACUUCUACGACAUCCACAGCUUGAGCUUCUACGUGGUCACACAGAUCCUCAAUGGCCUGGUGCAGACCACAGGCUGGCCCAGCGUUGUCACCUGCCUGGGCAACUGGUUCGGAAAGGGCAGGCGCGGUCUGAUCAUGGGGGUCUGGAAUUCCCACACGUCUGUGGGCAACAUCCUGGGGUCCCUGAUUGCCGGCUACUGGGUGUCCACGUGCUGGGGCCUGUCUUUCAUUGUGCCGGGGGCCAUCGUGGCAGCCAUGGGGGUUCUGUGCUUCUUCUUCCUCAUUGAACAUCCAAGAGACAUUGCCUGCUCCACCUCCCCGCUACCGCAUGUCCGAGGCUGCGAGAACGGGGUGCACAGGCUCCGCCUGCAGAAGCCAGCAGGGAGCACAGAGAAAAACCGGCAGGUGGACCCCGAGGCCCAGAAUCUGCUGCCGGCCGAGGGGAAGCGCUCAAUACACCCGAGCGACGUGGUGGUAGUAGCAGACGGCGGGGGUGGCACGGCCGCCAUCAGCUUCCUGGGUGCCUUGAGGAUCCCGGGCGUAGUGGAGUUCUCGCUGUGCCUGCUCUUUGCCAAGCUGGUGAGCUACACCUUCCUCUUCUGGCUGCCACUCUACAUCACCAGCGUGGACCACCUGGACGCGCGCUCGGCCGGGGAGCUGUCCACGCUGUUUGACGUGGGCGGCAUCUUCGGCGGGAUCCUGGCAGGGCUGGUGUCUGACCGGCUGGAGAAGAGGGCGACCACCUGCGGGCUCAUGCUGCUGCUGGCCGCCCCCACGCUCUUUGUCUUCUCGGCCAUCAGUAAGGCAGGCCUGGAAGCCACUGUGGCUAUGCUGCUGCUGAGCGGAGCCCUGGUCAGCGGGCCCUACGCCCUCAUCACCACUGCUGUCUCCACCGACCUGGGAACCCACAAAAGUCUGAAAGGGAACGCCCACGCCCUGGCCACGGUCACCGCCAUCAUCGACGGCACUGGCUCUGUGGGAGCGGCGCUGGGCCCCCUGCUGGCAGGUCUCAUCUCCCCAUCGGGCUGGAACAAGGUCUUCUACAUGCUCAUGCUUGCCGACGCCUGUGCCUUACUGUCCCUGGUCCGCCUCAUUCACAAGGAGCUGCGCUGCCUGGGGCGGCCAAUCGUGGAACUGGUCCCGUUCAAGGAGCAGUGAAGGCAGCCCUGGAUGCUCCUUCAGACCCAUCACGGACAUCAGGGUGCCCCCUGGCUACAGGACAGGACCAGCUCCCCAGAAUCCUGCCGUGACCAAGCGUGCCCCGCAGGCUGGGGCAGCUGGAUGGGCACGAAGGAGUGGGUGGGUGAGGGUCCCCUGCAGGGCCCUGAAGACCAGAAAAUGUGCGAUCUCCAGAAGACAGGCCAGCAGCGGUGGAGCCCGGAGUGUGGGUUGGUGCUGCGGCCUGCGGGGACUGGCAGUGCCCCCAGAAUAGAUCUAUUUAUUUCUCCCCAGGGCAUUUGUUAUUUAUUGAGAAGAGUGUGCCGGUUGCCUAGCAAGGCGCUUACCUGCUCUUUGAAAUUAAAAAAGAUAUAUAUUAAAAAGUUUUUAUAAAAAAGAAAAA